GCUGUCGGGACACCCUCAACUUUUCCCAAACACACCGCACACUACACUUGUCCAACGUCCACUCCUCUGCCAUGCGCGGGCUGUAACUUUCUUCGGCUCGUUCCUUCUUGCGCUCCCGAGUCAUGGCUCCGUUUGGAAGGAACUUCCUGAAAGCGCGACUGAAAAGCAGGACGGCAGACGCCGAGCCUGUCAUAGGAAAGGAGAUCCAGGUUACUGUCUGCAAUGAGGAAAAGGUUGUGUGUGGUGUAACGAAGCACACAACCUGUGCAGAUUUGAUUCAGGCGUUACUCGAGGAUCACAAGUCAGUCCCCGAGAGCAAGCGGCUCCUGCAUGGGGAACCCAAAGACUUCUGUCUCGUUGAGCGCUGGAAGGGUUUUGAGAGAGCGCUGCCUCCUCUCACCAGGAUCCUGAGGCUCUGGUAUGCCUGGGGUGACCAGCGACCCUUUAUCCAGUUUCUCCUCUUUAAAACCAGUGAUUUUGUGCCUCAGCCCAACAAGAGGGCUACAAAAGCCAAGGGGGCCAAGCAGAAACGGUGGGAGCAUGGUCAUGCGCAGUACCCCCAGUCUCUGCCUGUGGAGAAGCAAAAGCGCAUGGUGAAGAAAGCUUUCAGGAAGCUGGAAAAGCUUCACAGUGAGAGCAAAAGCCCCCCGGGCGCCGAGGAGAUUCAAAGGAUGGUGCAGCUCAUUCUCAACCAGGAUCACACCAUCCGGGAGCAGAUCCAACGCAUGAGGGAGCUGGAUAUGGAGAUUGAGGAGUUUGAGCUACAGGCACAGAAAGAAGCCGAGUGUGAGAGUGCACUGGCUCAGGCUUGUGGUCAGAGUCUGGAGGCAGCGCACGGUGAGGAGCAGCGGCAGGAGUACCUGUACACCCGUGAUGGAAUUGAGCAGCUUGACCUGCAGGUUCAGAGACACCAGGAGCUCAUCCUUCAGCUGACUCGGGACAUCGACACAGAGCUGAGGACGGCCAGCUUCCCAUUAGACCAGCACGAAGAGAGCUACGAGGAAGGUGCAGCAGCUGCUUCCUGGAUUGGCUCCGAGACAGACCAGCGGUUCUACGCCGACGAACUUGAGAAGCUGCAGGAUGAACUGCAACACAGCCUUUUUGCUGGUGUGUCUCUGCACAACCAAGCCGCAGAGGUAGACAAGCAGCUCAAGUUCUUUGACACUACGCUGGUCUCCAAGGACCAGGAGUGCUGGCAGCUGGCUGCCCAGCUCAGGUCACUGCAAAUCAGGGACAGCACAGACGACAAGUCCAGUCCUCCGUCGCUGCAGAACUGUGAGACUCAGUGUUGUGUCUCACAGACAGUGAAACUCAAACAUAGCCUGUCCCCCGUAGACAUUGCAGACACAGACUCAGACACUGGGAUUAGCUCAACACACAGUCAAGACUCGCUGUCACCAUGUCUGGACUUUCCUCCCCCACUGGAUACAGACGUUUGAACAACCCACAUGACCCUGCCAUUUAAGGCUCUGUGUGCAGUCGUCCCCAGUUUGUGCCCAUCAUUUCAUUUGAACUUACAUUUCUGCGCUGGUUUGAUAUUUCAUGAAACAAGUUAGUAAUUUGGUAAAAGCUUAAUGGAACAGCUAAAACAAUGUUUGAAUAACCAAGGAACAUCGAAUUGAAUUAGUUUUCAAGUAGGAAUACAAAGUAUUCUUUGGUCUUUGCUUCUCUUAUUAUGUCCCUGCUUUUGUUCUGCAUAAUAUUAUGAAUCUCUGUGAUAAUGAAUUUAAAGCUGGAUGGAUAACUUCUUGUUAUUGAGUUAUUAUGAUGGUAAAACUGAUUACACUAGUACAAUGGUGAUAGAACAAUGACACUAUUAUAUUGACUAUGCUUUCUUCUUGCCCACCAGGGAGGGUUCUCAGAAGCAUUAUGAAUCACAACAAUGUAUUUUCCCUGUUUUGUUUUUUUUUAAAGGUCCAAGAUAUGGGGAAUCUAACAACAGAAAUAAAUACAAUAUUUAUUGUUUAGACCAGUUCCGCUUCCACAAAGGUUUUUGGAUUGUAUUGCCAUGCAAAAGGCACUCAUUCAUUCAUUGUAUUCUA